AUGUGUAUACAAAUAUUUUUAUAUAUGUAAAUGUAUAUAUUUUUAACCCUGAGACAGUAUAAAUACACAACAUAUAUCAGUCUUGAAGCAGUAAAAAUGUUUGCCACCUCCUUCUUCUUUAUACUGACCAUCAUUUCCAAGACAUGCAUUAUUAUUGCUUCAUCAACCGAUACGUCUUCACCAAAAUUCCCUGCCAUUUUGAUCUUCGGAGAUUCAACAGUGGAUACCGGGAAUAACAAUUACAUUAAGACAUUGUUUAAGGGUAAUUACUACCCUUAUGGCAAAGAUUUCCCAGGUCAUGUUCCUACCGGGAGGUUUUCCAAUGGAAAACUUGUACCUGACUUCAUUGCCUCUACGCUGAAGAUCAAAGACAUUGUUCCGCCAUUCCUGAAACCAAACCUCUCGGAUGAGGAACUCCUAACCGGUGUCAGCUUUGCUUCAGCUGGAUCCGGAUAUGAUGAUUUGACUACUGUUGCAUCCGGAGUCAUCCCGGUUUCAAAGCAAAUUGAGUAUUUCAAGAAAUACAUAGAAAGAAUUCAGGGUAUUGUAGGCGAAAAAGAAGCAAAAAAUAUAGUUAAAAGAGCUUUGGUUCUAAUAAGUGCAGGUACUAAUGACUUAGUAAUCAAUUUCUAUGACACACCUACAAGAAGAUUAGAGUUCGAUAUUAAUGGGUACCAAGAUUUUCUUCAGAAAAAUCUGAAAAAGUAUAUUGAGGAACUUUAUGAGCUUGGAUGCCGUAAAAUAUCAGUUUCUGGGCUUCCUCCAAUUGGCUGCUUGCCUAUUCAAAUGACUGUAAAAUUUGAGAACCCCUUGGAUCGAAAAUGUUUAGAGGAUGAGAAUUUAGGUUCUCAAACUUACAACUACAAGCUUUCAAAGCUGUUAGCUCUUUUACAGGUACUGCUUCCAGGAAGCAAACUUGUAUAUGCAGAUAUCUAUGACCCAUUGAUCGAUAUGAUCAAGCAUCCACAGAAGUAUGGUUUUGUAGAAACAAAAAGAGGAUGUUGUGGGACCGGUUUAGUGGAGGCCGGACCCUUUUGUAAUUCGCUCACACCACCAUGCAACGACGCAUCACAAUACGUAUUCUGGGACACCGUACAUCCAAGUGAAGCAGCUUACCAGUUUCUUUCUAUAUACUUGGAAAAGGAAGUCCUUCCCAAGCUCUUAUACAAUAACCAAUCACACUCGUUGAUACAUUCAAUUGGAAAAAUGAAUGCUCACUGAUGUAAGAAUAGCUACCAUAUUUCCACCACUUUGAUAGCUUUCCGUUAAAGAAGAAAUGGGAAAUUAAUACAGUGCUAUACUGUUUAAAUAGCUUAAUGCCUAUUAUAAUUUAAAUAUGGAUUUGUAUUCUAUUGCGUUGCGUGUACAUAUGAUCUAAUAUAUUUAUCAUUUUACAAUCUGAA